ACAAACGCAACGUACAAGCUUCAAAAUGCAGCAGCGUUUAUCCGAUAUCCGGCAAAACAGGCGUCGUGACACCAAAAACGACAGCGAGAAAAUGGGAGGCAGAAGGAGAAACCAAAUCCUGGUGAGUCUGGCGGUCGUGAUGUUCUUGGGAGUCGCCGUCUACUUCCGCCUCUGGAGCAUCGACUACUCCGCUUCUUCCUACGACACCGAGCUCUUGAGACGACAGUUCGAUCUGGCGAACAGAGAAGCAGUGGAUGAGUCUGCGGAGUGGAGGUUGAGAUACGACGAGGAAGCAAAGAGGACUUCCCAAUGUCUCACUGAACUCAAACAGCUCAAGAAUUCUUCUAAGAAGGAUCAUGAUGCUACUUACAUCAACCAGAAGUUGGAAAAACUACUAAUGGAAAACAAGGAAUUACAUGAAAAAGUUGAAGCCUUGAAACAAGACCUUGAGGCUGAAAGGCUGAAGUGCAAAUCACAAUAGAUGAGCACAUAUCAGGUGUUAUGGAAUCCUUCACUUACCUCAGAAUUGAUGACUUUUCAACUUAGCAACACGUUAACAGAUCGAGUUUGAUUUUCCAAUAACCAGGUUCUAUGGCUUUUGCAUCGAUAAUUUUUUGGAGGAGAUGCUUGUGCUCCUCCAUCGUUGCUGUUAUUAGUUUUCUGCUAAGAAACUCGGACGCCUUUUAGAAAAUUCGAUGUUUUUCACUGUUGGGUGCCCCUUCUAUGCUUUUUGACUUGUAUUUUCUUUGUCACGAGGAGAGGGAAAGUUUAGUUUAAGAAAGCGUUUAUAGCUCAGGAAAGGAUGUGAUUAGGCUUACGAAAUUGUGUCUGCUUUUUGGAGUUUUUAGUACACGUUGUAUGAGUGUCAAUUGUCUAAUUUUGGAACAAAGAAAGAAUGAUAAUAAUAUCCGA